AUGGCGACUCGUCGAUUACUUGCCAUACUGGCAUUUCUAGCUUUUCAUCAGAUAGUGAGCGGUGCAUUCACGAACCCGCCACCGAGCGACUCGAGUAUAAAUAAUCCUCACUAUAAGCUGGGAGAGGAGAUCAAGAUCACCUGGGAGACAGAUGCGGAGUUUACUGAUCUUACCAUGUGGCAAACCGACACUGGGAAGAGAUACAACCUACAAUCAAACAGCAAAUCGAAGGAGUACAUAUGGAUCGCAUCAUAUCAAGGCAUCGACCCCGCGGACGGAAACUCAUUUAGUCUCUGGCUUUUCAAGACAGGCGAUACAGGAGCCCUUUUCGCAAGCCAUACAUUCAACAUCACCGAUCCCUCGUCAGCAACUACUUCAGCGCCAACGGGUACACGAACAAACAAACCGAACCCCAAGACAAAGACUUCCAGCGAAGCAAGUGAAACGACUAGCGAUGGUGCGGCCACUGCUUCGUCGACAAACGAGCCGUCGUCCGGGCUAUCCACGGGAGCAACUGCCGGAGUGGCUGUAGGCGCUGUUGCUGGAGCAUUUCUCAUUGCCGGCGCUGGUUUCAUGCUCUGGAGACGAAGACGGGCAAACAAGGCUGCACCCCCUGCACUUGCGGCAGAAGAUGGGCCGAAACAUGGAUAUGCAUCGGUCGAAGCACCGAACAAUAACGCUGCGAGACAUGGACCAUGGGAAAUGGGAGGGUCGCCUACGCAUUUCACGCAUGAGUUGCCAGCCGAUAACACGGUACAGCAUCGACCAUGA